AUGGCUACGACUGCACUGACCCAGUACAUUGCUGACAAGGUCUCGUCCUACAAGGAAGCCAAAGUGUCAUUGGAGGAUCAUUACAUGGAAGUCGAAAUUGAUAACGAUGAUGGCGACGAAGACGAUCCUGAAAAAAACACGGAGAUUGGGUUCCUCAAGACGUACUACCAGAUUACUCAGAAGGUGCCUGAAGAAAAAUGGAUCGAGGUUGAACCUGGUUUGACGAUCUUUCUGAAAGUCAACGAAAGCGAGCGACCUCCGGACAAAGAGAGUGCGCACAUACCAGUCAAAGUUACUACGGAGAUGCACAUCAAGUCCCUCAAAGAGAAGCAGGUUGUGGAUUUUAUAGACAAAUCCUACCAGUGGUAUUUGGACUUGCAGAGCAAGAUGCAGUCCAAGAACAAGUGUCGGUACAUGUAUGAGAUGAUUCCUUCGAAGGCAGAAGAAGCAGAAAAGAGAUCGUACAGAAGAUACAAAUUGUCGGGGGACAAGGCGUUUCAGAGCUUGUUCUUUCCCGAGAAGGAUACUUUGGUACAGAUCUUGGACCACUUCAAGCAUCGGACUGGCAAGUACGGUAUCCCAGGUUAUCCGCACAAGCUGGGGCUGCUGCUCUAUGGCCCUCCUGGCACAGGCAAAACCAGCCUGAUCAAAGUCCUUGCGCAACAUACAGAGCGUUCCAUUGUGAAUGUUCCUCUGGCACGCAUCAAGACCAACACGGAGUUGAUGCAGCUGAUCUUCGACCAGAAGUACACGGUCGAAGGUAUCGAAACCCCAGUGCGGCUAAGAAUCAAGGAUGUCAUCUUCGUCAUGGAGGAUGUGGACGCAGCCUCCCAUGUCGUGCAUCGCCUGGGCCUCGGGAGACUGGACGGAGACGGAAGACGCUUCCUCCUUGCAGGCCGCGACCAGUCGAAAGAAGCUUUGCGGGAGGAGCUCUUGAGCAUGCAGAACUUCGAUCGCAUCGAGCGCUUGGAGAAGCUAGAAAGGUUAGCCAACAAACUCGAGAAGCAUGAGGAUUCUGAGUGCUUUGGCUGGAGGAAGACGAAGCUGAAAGCAACCCAGGAGCCCCAGAAUUUCCUCCUGCACACUCUGCGUUCAGACGGUGCGAAGCCGGCCUCUGAAGCCUACAGAAUGAGCCCUGAGUCCUUCGUCAGGACCACGGCGGAACAGAAGGGCGUCACACGAGAAGUGGACGGAAAGCUUCUACAGCAGAUGCUGGACGUCAUCCAUGACAAGAGAGGUGGCGAAACGCUCUACGGGGUCGCAGGGCCCUCUGGCGAGGCUACCGGCGGGGACCAGCUGAACCUGGCAGGGAUCCUGAACACCCUCGACGGGGUGGUGGACACGCCUGGGCGCCUACUGGUGGCAGCCCCAGGGACGCUCCCAGCGAAGAGCUCGUUGCAGGCACCGAAGAUCACCGAAGCUUCCUGGCAGGUCAUGACUUCCAACCAUCCUGAGAAGCUGGACCCUGCAUUGAUCCGGCCUGGUCGCAUCGACAAAACCUUCCACUUGACUUACAUGGUCGGUCACCAGGCAUGCAACAUGGUGGCCCAUUAUUUCCAGCAGGAAGUCAGCAGCGAGAUGCAGGAAAGACUGACCCUGCUACUCGACGGAGGGGUUGAGUCCAAGGCUUUGGAAAUCACUCCGGCGCGGUUGGAGCAGCUUUGCGCAGAGCACGACACUGCAGAGGACCUUUGCGCGGCUUUGGAGCUGUUGUUGGAGCCGCAGCCGAAGGUCAAGCUGUACCGAGCCGAAAGUGUUAGUGCCGAGAAGACCCUCGCAAGCAUCCAGCGUUCUACGACGGCGCCCCCCGACACCGGCGAAAAGCGGGCGAAAUGCUGGUAG